GCAUCAAUAGCUGCAAAAAGAGGUAAUGACUAUCUCCUUAUAAAUAUUAACCAAGACCACCAAUUUUACUGCAGUAGUGAUUUGAUUGCCUCUAAACCAUAAAAUAAUGCCUUGUUCAGUAUUACAUAAAUUUCGUAGCUUCAUAUCCACACCUCCAAACACUCAAACAUGUACUGAGUACUCGCUUCGACCAACUAAAAGAGCCACAAGUUUGGAAUCCUUGCCUGACGACAUUUUAGCUCGGAUUAUAGAUCACUUGAAUCAACUUGACGUGUUAGACUUAUGCCUAGUAAACUCAAGAAUUCACAAAUUAUGCAUGAAGAAGCUAUUCAGGGUAGCUUUCAUUAAGCCCUUGGAACCACGGACCUUCGUUGUUCAUCGAAAAUUGAAUUCACUUAAUUAUUCUCAAUUCACAAUUGUAAAUCCUAAGAAGUGUCCCCGCAAGAAGAAAUUUCAGAGAUUAAUCUUUUAUCUAGGGCCCAAUAGUCCAAAUAAAAAUUAUUGUCAUCUGCUUAAGUAUGGAUAUUAUGCUAAUAUUGAUCAUUUUUUGGAUCCCAAGAGGGCCGAGAAGAUAAUCAAUCAAAGAUCAAGUCGAAUACUAAUCAUAAAUAUGUGUGAUCAAUCAACUAGGGCAGGUAAAGAUUAUUACUAUAAAGUAAAAAGUUUGGCAAGUACUCUUGGUGUGUUUAAGAGAAUACAUUUGUCGGUAAGAGAUACUCUGUUCGAAACAAUUAAAAAAUUCCAAGGGAUAUUUGUUGGAGUCAAGUGCUUGUCGAUGAGUAUGUUCUUCAGACCCGGAUACAUUGAUAAUUGUGAAUCAUCUUUGUCCCUAUUCCGAUGUGAAAAUAUUACAGAAUUUGAAAUUGAAACUGAUUUUCCUAGCCACGGGGAUAAUUUCUUCUACAACAUGAUAAAAUCUAUGCCAAACAUAAAGAUACUUGUUAUACGAAUCUGCGUUAAACCUACAUGUCUACAUAAAACUAUAGAAUUAUUAUCUAACUAUCGUAUUCAGAAGUUUUGCUUGGACGUUAUACGAAGGCAACCACAUAUAAAUGUUCGUCAAAACUGUGAUAUCGUCAAGGCUUUGCUUAAAAGUUGUGGUUCCACUCUAGAACUUGUUAGGGUCAGCCUUUGUGUACGUUUCGCACGUAUAGGAUUAUCAAAAAUCGACUUAUUUUGCAGUGAUGAGUCUGAUAUAUGUGAAGAACUUAACGAAGAGGUUAGGAGCUUAGUAAGUUGGGUCAAAGAUACUAUUACUAACUAUCCAAGAUUGGAAUAUUUCAUAUUCUACAAUUAUCAAUUUGUAAUAGACAGGAAAGUAGAACCAUAUAGGUGGAUUGAAAUAAACAACAAAGAGUUGUGAUAUGAACCGAUUUUCCAGCUUUGUUAUUAGGUUUUUAUUCUUUGGCGAAGAAUAGAUUUUUAUGUCCUU